AAAUGAACAAUUAAUCCAGCAAGCAUUAAUACGAGUACAUAACGGAUCAAUAACUGAAAAUCAGAAAACAGGAGCAAUAAUAUCCUGUCACAUAGUAAAAGAUCAAAUAGCAUUAUUAUUAUUACUACAAUCAGAUGAUUUACAACUAAAAGACUAUAUUAGAUUAAUUUCUAUCCUUAGAAAAGAUAGACUUCAACAAAAAGAAGCAAACAAUGGAACAACAUGGAUACAAGGAGGAGCAUUCCAAAUAUACAAAAGAUUACCAAGUGGAAGACACCCCGCAGAAGAUUAUAGAGCAGCAAUACAAUUACUAGGAAGACCAACUUCUUACGAAGACUUUUUGAACAAAUUAGAACAAGUAUAUAACUCUUACAAAGAAGAACAA